GGGUUGUGCCGAUCAGAAAAGGUUUCUGAUGAUAACCGGGCGCCCCCCGUGGCUAGGGUCCCUUAGUGAAGGAGCAGGGUUGCUCACUGUCAUUUUUCAGGUCAGCAAGAGGUUGAGAGGUGAAGUUGGGCUCCUCUUUACCAACCGCACAAAGGAGGAGGUGAACGGGUGGUUCACAAAGUAUACAGAAAUGGAUUUUGCUAGAGCUGGGAACAAAGCAUCUUUAACCGUGAACCUGGAUCCAGGGCCCCUGAAGCAGUUCCCUCAUUCCAUGGAGCCACAGCUGAGGCAGCUGGGCCUGCCCACUGCCCUCAAGAAAGCUGUGGUGACCCUGCUAUCUGACUAUGAAGUGUGCAAGGAGGGCGAUGUGCUGACUCCAGAGCAGGCCCGGGUCUUGCUUUUUGGGUAUGAGAUGGCUGAAUUCAAGGUGACCAUCAAAUCCACAUGGGCUGCUGAUUCGGGGAGAUUCCAGCAGAUGGACGGUGACCGGCCCAUGUGUUAUGGGAUAACUGUGCACUGUGUGAAAGUGUUGAUUGACUUUUGGGCUAUGAACACCGCUGCCAAGAACCCCGAGGAGAAAGGUUUUGGGGAUAGCCUGCCUUUCAGGUCUGUAGCUAAAGGAUAG